AUGGGUUGCGGAGCAUCAAGUCAGAGACAUGUGGUUGAACCAUCCACUCCUCACAAGGUGGCUAAUCAAUCUAAGUCGAGUCCUAAAAUUGUACGGGAGGAAGAAGCGGCACAACCUCCCUCCCAACAGAAAAGUUCAUCCGAACAGGUGGUUGAAGAACCAAAGAAAUUGAACCAUCAACAAUCAACCGAUCAAGCAGAACCUGUGAUUGAGAAGGAGCCUCCUCCUCCCUCCGAUCUCCACAAAGAAGGUCACCAACAUUCCUCUCAUGAUCCUCAUCAAGAACACGCAGUACCUCACAAGAAAAGAAUUAAAGAAGAGGAGACUGAGAAUAUGGUGGCUCAACCACCCUACCAGGAACAUGCGGAGCCACCAGAGCUGGAGCAUCCUGAAAAAUCAAAGGAAGGAGAGGACACCUUUGAGCCUCCUGUAUAUGGCGAAGAAGAGGAAAAAGCGGCCUCAGUCAUUCAGAAAAAGUUUAAGGAAUAUUCUGCAAAAAAGAAAGUUGACCGAAUGUUAAUGUGCUAUUUGUGCGGUCAAAAAUUUGGACCUACCUCUCUACUCAUUCACUUGAAACCAAAUAAUUGUCCAGAACAGCGAAUGAAUGACAUGAAAGCAAAUAUUCCUAAAGAGUUGGUUCUCUCAAAAUUACCCUCUCCACCUCUCACUCCCAUUCCUGAUCCUGAAAAGGCAACUCAGGAGGAAGUCGACGCUUACAACAAUGAGGCUUAUGAAAUUUACACCAAGAAGAGCAUGAUCCAUUGCCCUAUUUGCUCGAAAGGAUUUGAAAUUGAUCGAUUGACGAAACACUUGCAAAUUUGCAAAGAUAAAGAUGGACAUACAUGGGAAGAACAUCAAGCGGCAAUUGCCAUUCAGAAGAAUUGGAAUAAGCAUUUAACAAAGAAGAUGCUCUUUUGUUAUUGCUGUGGUCAAGAGUACGGAACCAAAUCGUUGCCAAUUCAUAUUCCUGAAUGUAUCAAAAAAAGAGAGGCCAUUUGGAAGCAUUCUGGUCUUCCAGAAGAGUUGAUAAAGCCAAUCCCAGAUCCUCCUCACACACCUAUUCCUGAAUCAAGUGAUCCCUCUGAGAACUUUAAAACGUACAAUACCGAAGCAAGAACGAUUUACAUUGCAAGCAUGGCUCAAUGUCCAGGUUGUGGUCGAAAGUUUGAACCUGAUCGAUUGGUUAUUCAUCUUCACUCUUGCCACGCAGUGAGCAAGAAUGAAAAUCCUGUGAAUUAA